AUGGGAUCAAAAAGUAGUAAAUAUAUUGUUGAUCAUGAUAAUUCAAUACAAGUUGCAGAUGCAACAUUAUCAGCGUUCUCAUCAAAUUCAAAUGAAUCAAUAGCUAGUGAAAUAUUGAGAAAAGAAGAUGCAUCUUUACCAAUAUUAGUUCAUCGAAGCUUUUCAAAUGAUAUUAUAUCAUUAAAGAUGGAGAACUUAACACUUGUCUGGCUUGAUACAGAAAUAAAUGAACAACCAGAACAUAUUGAUACUCAAAUAAGACUUAAAAAUGUGAUUAAUGAUGUUCGCAUAUUUGAUCAAGUUGAAGUAUGUGAACAAUAUAUUGAACGCAUAGGUGAAAUGAAUACUAUUAAUAAAAUCAACGAAGAAAAAUUACUUUUAGUGAUUUCAACAACAGUUCCAUUAACAAUUAUUUCACAUUUUCAUAGUCUUCCUCAAGUGAAAGAUAUUUAUAUAUAUGGAAAAACAGACAUAAAUGCUACAGUUAUUCAACAAUUUGUAAAAAAUUAUAUAAAGGUAUUUAUGUAA